UGGCUGUCAGUCGGAUCCGAGAACGACGAUUGGCUUUCCUUGACCGUCCCUCAAGCACCUCCCCGGAGAUGGUCUGAGGUGGGAGAAGAGCUGAAGAGACCCGGAGCCGACGGAUGGGUGAAGGCCAUGCCGCCUCCUGGGAAAGUUCCUCGGAAGGAGAAUCUGUGGCUCCAGUGUGAGUGGGGGUCCUGCUCCUUUGUGUGCUCAGCCAUGGAAAAGUUCUUCGAGCAUGUCACUCAGCACCUGCAGCAGCACCUGCACGGCCCUGGGGAGGAGGAGGAAGAGGAAGAGGAGGAUGACCCACUUGAGGAAGAAUUCUCCUGCUUGUGGCAGGAAUGUGGCUUUUGUUCUCUGGACAAUUCUGCUGACCUCAUCCGCCAUGUCUACUUCCACUGCUACCACACCAAGCUGAAACAGUGGGGGCUGCAGGCCUUGCAAAGCCAGGCUGACCUCGGCCCCUGCAUCCUGGACUUCCAGAGCCGGAACGUCAUCCCUGAUAUCCCUGACCACUUCCUGUGUCUGUGGGAGCACUGUGAGAGUUCCUUCGACAAUCCUGAGUGGUUUUAUCGGCAUGUGGAAGCACACAGUCUGUGCUGUGAAUAUGAAGCAGUCGGCAAGGACAACCCUGUGGUGCUGUGUGGCUGGAAAGGCUGUACCUGCACCUUCAAGGACCGCAGUAAACUUCGGGAGCACCUCCGCAGCCAUACCCAGGAGAAAGUGGUAGCCUGCCCCACCUGUGGGGGCAUGUUUGCCAACAAUACCAAGUUCUUAGAUCACAUCCGUCGCCAGACCUCAUUGGAUCAGCAGCACUUCCAGUGUUCUCACUGUUCCAAGAGAUUUGCCACAGAGCGGCUGUUGCGGGACCACAUGCGCAACCAUGUGAAUCACUAUAAGUGCCCUCUGUGUGACAUGACCUGCCCGCUGCCUUCUUCCCUCCGCAACCACAUGCGCUUUCGUCACAGUGAGGACCGGCCCUUUAAAUGUGACUGUUGUGACUAUAGCUGCAAGAAUCUUAUUGACCUCCAGAAGCACCUGGAUACCCACAGUGAGGAGCCAGCCUACAGGUGUGAUUUUGAGAACUGCACCUUCACUGCUCGCUCCCUCUGCUCUAUCAAGUCCCAUUACCGCAAAGUACACGAAGGAGACUCUGAGCCAAGGUACAAAUGUCAUGUGUGUGACAAAUGCUUCACACGGGGCAACAACCUCACCGUGCACCUUCGCAAGAAGCACCAGUUCAAGUGGCCCUCAGGGCAUCCCCGUUUUCGACCUUUUUUGUCUUCAACUCCUGUCACUUGGAAUCCAGGACUUCUUCCAUCCCUCAUGUUUGUUCCUUACUUUGCCAGCCUCCACGCCAUUUCUGUAUCCCCCUGCCUGGAUUUGCUGCCCUUUAUGCUCCUACCUCACCAGGUACAAGGAACAUGAAGAUGGCUAUAUGCGGCUGCAGCUGGUUCGCUACGAGAGUGUAGAGCUGACACAGCAACUGCUGCGGCAACCACAGGAGGGAUCGGGCCUGGGAACGUCGCUGAACGAGAGCAGCCUGCAGGGCAUUAUUCUGGAAACAGUGCCAGGGGAGCCAGGACGUAAGGAAGAGGAAGAGGAGGGCAAGGUUGGCGAUGGGACAGCCCUCUCAGCCUCUCAGGACAACCCCAGUUCUGUCAUCCAUGUGGUGAAUCAGACCAAUGCCCAAGGCCAGCAAGAGAUUGUCUACUAUGUGCUGUCUGAAGCCCCAGGAGAGCCUCCCCCAGCCCCUGAGCCACCCUCAGGGGGCAUCAUGGAAAAGCUUCAAGGAAUAGCUGAGGAGCCAGAGAUCCAGAUGGUUUGAAGGCCGCAGAGCCAGACUAUUUCUUCUCCAGGUCCUGGAGUUUGAGCCAGGCAAGUGGCUGUGCCCCUAGUGGACAACCGUUGCCAAUGGAUGCCUUUAGGAGUGGUGCUGAGAGCAGUGUGGUCCACUCUGGUCUGGGUUUGCAUCAUUCUAUGGACUCUAAAGACUUCCCUUUUCUGCCAGACUGCAUUUUGUGGGGAGCCUGAGGACUUUGGAUUCUUUGAGGGGAUCCUAGAUGUGUGUGUUCUUGUUAAAGAGGCUGUUAUCAGGCUUAACCAUAACCCUCAAGACAUGCUUGACGGUGAUUAAAUCCUUAGCUCACAUCCAUUCCCAUCUUUAGGGCUCCUUAGGCCCAAAGAUGGCAUGUGACUGGUCCCUACAAGGGUCCUUUCUUUGUCGCCAGCCAAGGCAUUGAGAACCAAUUAGCCAUUUUCCUCUUAAGGUUUCCUCUACAACCCCAAGGACUUUCAUGAUUAUCCUCAGGGACAGGAUAGGAGGCAUUGAGCGUGUUUAUUAACAAAUUGUUUUUGGUAAUAAAAGAAAUGCUUGGACUCUUA